AUGUCUUCUACUAAUCUAGCAAAUGGAAAUGAGAAAAAUACAUUAAUUAUUCCACGUCUUGAAGAUUAUGACAUUAGUCCAAUAACUGGUUUUCUCCCAUCUAUUCCUCCCUUACAUCGUUUACCAGAUACUUAUUAUGAACGUUGGGAAAACUUGAUUGAUAGUUUUCAUAACUUAUUGUCAACUGGUUGUCUAAGAGAACAUGUUGAAUUGUUACCGAUUUUAAAAACAGAUAAACUUAAAAUUUCUGCUGAAUAUCAACGUGCUUUUUUGGUUUUAUCAACACUAGCACAUGGAUAUGUUAGAGGCAACUAUGAAUCUCCAAUUGAUGUAAGGAUUGAUUGA